AUGCCCUGUUGUUCAACAAAAAUUUGUUCAUUAUGUCUUGUAACUCAUACAAUAACAAAUAUUCGUAAUGGAAAAGCAAAAAUUGAAUGUCCAGCAUGUUCACAAGAUAUCAAUUCCUCAACGAUAUUGUACAAUAGUGAACUACCAGUAUCAGUACGUGAACGUUAUCAAGAAAUUUUAGCACAGAAUUUAUCUGAAAAACCAAAUACUUAUAUAAAAUUAUGUCCACAUUGCAAUUUUAUAACCAUACUUGGCGAAGACAAUCCAAUAAUAAAUCGAACAAAAUUUCGUCGUCCGUCAACACAAUGGGUAUGUUGUGAACAAUGUAAUAAAGAAUGGUGUUGGUCAUGCUAUGCACCAUCACAUCCUAAUAUAACAUGUCGGCAAUUUAAAAAAGAUCAUGCAAGACUUGAUGUGUGGGCUAAAAUACGUCGUUCGGAUAAUAACCAACGAAAUGCUCAACGUUGCCCGAAAUGUUCAAUUUAUAUUGAAAAAAUUGAUGGAUGUGAUCAUAUGUUAUGUGUCAAAUGCCAAGCGAAAUUUUGUUAUCGUUGUGGAAGUAGAAUGAGAUUACCUACUUAUAUUGGACAUGAUGCCAAAUAUUCAAUAUUCGGUUGUAAAUAUAAACUUUGGCCAAAUCGUCCAUUAUUACGUUGGCUAGUACGUGGUUCGAUAUUUGCUGGUGUUCUGCUUCUCACACCAGUUGCGUUAGCUGCAGUUAUUGCUCUUGUUGCUAUCGGAAUUCCAAUCGUUCUUAUUAUUGCUUGUUUUGCUUUACCGGUAUAUGCAUGUAUUCAGUGUAAGAAACGUGCAUAG